AUGCUGCAAACAAGCCUCUUACAAGCUAAGCUACCAGACCUCCAUCCCUUCCUUGCUGCAAACAAGAUGAAGUGGUGCAUUGCUUUGCUGUCAGCUUUCUUGGCUUGCUGUGCUGCCCAGCCUUCCAAUCCAUGUCAGGAUUCAACUAUCUCAAGCCUGCCAUUUUGUGAUUACAACCUGACAACGAAGGACAGAGUUAUAGAUUUACUUGGCCGCUUAACUCCUGCCGAAAAAAUUUCCCAGCUUGGUCACGGAGCACCGGCUAUUGACAGGCUCAAGAUACCAGCAUACCAAUGGUGGUCAGAGGCUCUUCACGGUGUAGCCAAGUCCCCUGGAGUACAUUUUGGAGGAAAGGUUCCCGUAGCAACGUCUUUCCCACAAAUCCUCGGAAUUGCUGCAGCCUACAACAUGUCCCUGGUUCGUUCUAUGGCGGAGGUGAUUAGCACUGAGGCUCGUGCAAUGUACAAUGUGGGCCAGGCAGGACUCACCUUCUUUGCUCCUAAUGUGAAUAUUUUCAGAGAUCCGAGAUGGGGCAGGGGACAAGAAACACCGGGAGAAGAUCCAUAUCUGGCUUCGCAGUAUGCCAUGAACUUUGUGAAGGGUAUGCAGGUUGGAGAUGACUACAGGUACAUAAAGGCUGCUGUCUGUUGCAAGCACUUUGCAGCAUACGAUUUGGAGAACUGGAAUGGCACAGACAGGCAUCAUUUUAAUGCCAUUGUAACUGACCAAGACCUUGUUGAGACAUAUUUUCCAGCAUUUGAAUCAUGUGUGAGAGAAGGGUCAGUGGCUAGCAUCAUGUGCAGCUACAACGCUGUGAAUGGUGUGCCUAGUUGCGCCAAUGACCUUAUCCAGAACAAAGUUACUAGAGACCAAUGGGGAUUCCAAGGGUUUAUAGUCAGUGAUUGUGGAGCCAUCAGUAACAUACAAAGUGCCCACAUGUACACUAACAAUACGGAUGACACUGUACAAGUUGCUCUGAGGGGAGGAACUGACCUCAACUGCGGGGGCUUCUAUCAGAAAUAUGCCAUGGAUGCCUACAACAACAAGAAAAUAACCGACGCUGACCUAGACCUAGCUGUUGGGAGACUCUUUGCAUUCAGGAUAGCACUGGGGAUGUUCGAUCCACACGAGACUCAGAACUAUUGGAAGAUCACACCUGACCAAGUGAACUCUCAAGCACAUCAGGAGCUAGCAUUGGAUGCCUCGAGGGAGAGCAUUGUGCUCCUUCAGAAUAACAACAAAGCUCUUCCGAUAGACAAGAAGAUGAAAGUGACUCUCAUUGGUCCAAAUGCAAAUGCAACUAACACCAUGAAAGGCAACUACAACGGAAAUGCUCCGUAUCUCAUCAGUCCAUUGGAAGGUUUGCAGAAACUUGGAGUGAGUGUGUCUUAUGCUAUGGGAUGUGAUGUCAAGUGCGCCAGUAACUCUGGAUUUGCUGAAGCUGUAACUGCGGCCAAAUCUGCUGACGUUGUAGUUUUUGUGAUUGGAUUGGAUCAAAGCCAAGAGAGUGAGGGUCGUGAUAGAGAUGACAUCUCUCUGCCUGGAAUGCAAGAGCAGUUAUUGGAUACUGUUAAGAAAUCCAUUUCUAGCAAUAUCCCAGUGAUUGUCGCUCUUAUGUCUGGAAGCUCAGUCGACAUUAGUUGGGCUCUAAGUAAUGCAGAUGCUGUCAUGUGGGUGGGAUAUCCAGGUCAGUCCGGGGGACAAGCUAUGGCUGAGAUACUGGUGGGAAUGGUCAAUCCCUCGGGGAGGCUCCCGUUCACAAUGUAUCCAAAAGAUUACGUCAACCAGAUCUCAAUGUUCGACAUGUCCAUGAGGAUAUCUCCUGGUCGAUCCUACAAGUUCUAUACUGGCACUCCAGUGUUUCACUUCGGUGAUGGACUCAGCUACACCACCUUCUCCUACAAGUGGUCAGCUAGUCCAACUGUCGAGGAGGCUCCAGUCCAGUAUUCCAAGAGUGGAGGCCUCGUCGUAUCGAGAGAGAGUCUGCGCAGAGCUCAAAUUGACUAUGAAGUUGAAGUGACCAACACUGGGAGUAGAGGAGGAGCUGUUUCAGUACUUGCCUUUAUGACAUCCAGUGAGCAAGGUGCACCAAUGAAGCAGCUGUUUGACUUUCAAAAGGUAUACCUGGAGGCAGGAGGUUCAGUCAAGUUGUUUUUUGCAGCUACAGAGAGAGACUUAUCACUUGUUGAUGAACAGGGGAAGAAAGAGUUGAAUGCUGGUCAGUAUUUGAUCAGUAUUGGAGAGCUAGAGCACAGAGUGGAUAUUGUUUAAAACUAACUCUGCAUGACUGGGUAACAAAGAUAGUUUGUUUGAUAGUUUUUUUUUAGCAUAAUUAUAAUUAUAGUACAAUUAAGUGGUAUAGUUUUUAUAAACAAGUAAAAUUGUUCGUUAUGUUUAGUGAGCAUACCUCACAGUUCGUUCUUAAA